AUGUUGUCGAAUUUGAGUAAAAGUCAAUCGAGUUCAUUAAAUGGUGUGCUGGACUCACCCAAUAAUGGUAUGAGACUAUCCAUUUUAUAUCCUAGACAGGAGGAUGGAAAGAAUGAUCCACCAAAGGAUGAUGAAAAGGAACCGGCAGAACAGGAGAAUAAUAAAGCAGAUAAUAACGAACAAAAGGAACCUAAAGAAAAUAAGCCGGAAAAUAAAGAGCAAAAAGAAUCCGAUCAAAAGGAGAAAGAGCCGGAAAAUAAAGAACCAGAGUCUAAGCCGGCUGAAAAAGAAGAGCCAAAAGAACCAAAGGAACCUGAGCAAAAAGAAAAAAAGCCGGAAGAUAAAGAACCAAAAGAACCCGAUCAAAAGGAGAAAGAGCCAGAAAAUAAAGAAGAACCAAAAGAACCCAAGAAACCUAAUGAAGAACCAAAGGAACCAGAACCUAAGGAAAAAAAGCCAGAAAAUAAAGAAGAACCAAAAGAACCCAAGAAACCUAAUGAAGAACCAAAGGAACCAGAACCUAAGGAAAAACCGGCUGAACAAAAACCAAAAGAACCCAAGCAACCUAAUGAAGAACAAAAAGAACCAAAAGAAGAGCCCAAGGAAAAACCGGUUGAACAAGAAGAACCAAAAGAACCAAAGGUGUCAGUACCUAAGGAAAAACCGAUUGAACAAGAAGAACCAAAAGAACCAAAUGUUCCAGUACCUAAGGAAAAACCGGUUGAACAAGAAGAACCAAAAGAACCAAAGGUGUCAGUACCUAAGGAAAAACCGAUUGAACAAGAAGAACCAAAAGAACCAAAUGUUCCAGUACCUAAGGAAAAACCGGUUGAACAAGAAGAACCAAAAGAACCAAAGGUGUCAGUACCUAAGGAAAAACCGAUUGAACAAGAAGAACCAAAAGAACCAAAUGUUCCAGUACCUAAGGAAAAACCGGUUGAACAAGAAGAACCAAAAGAACCAAAGGUGUCAGUACCUAAGGAAAAACCGAUUGAACAAGAAGAACCAAAAGAACCAAAUGUUCCAGCACCCAAGGAAAAACCGGUUGAACAAGAAGAACCAAAAGAACCAAAGGUUCCAGUACCUAAGGAAAAACCAGUUGAACCAAAAGAACCAAAGAUUCCAGAACCAAAGGAAAAACCGGUUGAACAAGAAGAACCAAAAGAACCAAAGGUUCCAGUACCUAAGGAAAAACCGAUUGAACAAGAAGAACCAAAAGAACCAAAGAUUCCAGUACCUAAGGAAAAACCUGUUGAACCAAAAGAACCAAAGGUUCCAGUACCCAAGGAAAAUCCUGUUGGACCAAAAGAGCCGGAGCCAAAUGAAAAUGUGCCAAAGGAACCAGCCAAAGAACAACAGAAGCCAAAAAAACCGGCUGAGCAAGAAAAUGAUAAAGAUCCGAAGGACCCAAAAGAAAUAAAGAAACCUCCUACACAAGAAAAUGGCAAUGAUCCAAAGAACCCAGAAGAAAAGCAACCACCCAAUCAAGAAAAUGGUAAAGAACCAAAGGUUCCACCAGAAGACGAACCUAAAACAUUAGAACCAAGCGUUACAAUUUCCGAACCAGAACCAACUAGGAGUAAAAACCCAUCACCCAAGCCCACAAAAGAUCCCAAAAUCGAGAUUAUAAUUAAUGAAGCAGCUUCGUAUGAAGCUCGUCCUCCGGGUACCGUUCAAGUUCAGUUGAAAUUUACGAAUCAACUUCUAUGGGUAGAUGUAGUUAAAGAUGAUAUUUUACCUACACAAUUUGCCCAAUUUUUGCAUCGAGAUAUUGCAUACUUUGUUAAUAUUAAUCCUAAUGAUGUCAUAAUUAGUGGAUUGGAAGCUGCUGAGGAUGGAGGUGUUAUUAUGAAAAUAAUUAUACCUGAGAACAAAUUCGAAGCAUUUUCUAACGUAAUUAAAGAUAAUACGAAUCCAUUUUAUUCAGAGGGUUCGGAAUUAAAUAAAUUGAUUGACAAAAAAGCGUCUCCAUUGUUGUUAGUCGGCAACAAAUCCUGGGACAAAACAAAUAUAUUAAAUCCUGUACCGGCUGAUGCAAAUAAUGGUUCAGUCAAUUCAAAUAAGGGAAUAAUUAUUGGAUUAGCAGUCGGAUGUUCAACGAUACUGUAUGCAGGAUUAACGGCUCUUGUUAUACGAGCUUAUAAGAGAAGCAAGUCAAGAACCCAAGAAAAUUAUGUGUAUGGAUCACAAAUAGCAUGA